CUUGCUCAGUUAGAAACAACCUAUUGUUAGAAUAUCUUAACUACGUCCCUAUAGUAUAGAGAUCUGACUGAGAACUUCUAUAGUUACCAAUCACCGCUUCCGUCUUAACUGACUUAUACGGCCUCGGCCUUGCCUCCGGUACCUACAUUGGUAGGUUACCACUCAAAUCUAAAUAUAUAUUUUUGCAUUUUCCUUUGAUACACCUCCCCCUUACCUCCAAGACACUCCCCACAUUCCCCAAACUCUUUCGUCAUUAACACUACUUACCCCUGUUUCUCCCUCACUCGUCCAUGUAAGUCGCCAUCCGGGUGCGGUAAUGCCUGCAUUACCGGCUAAUAUUCAGGAGGACCGAUUCGUUUCUUUUGUCUCGAUAGCCCCUCACGGCAAGACCAGAGUUAAAAAUGAAUAUUUCGUCCAUAUGGUUUGCCACUCCUUUAGAUCUAGAUGACUAUGCACUCCCGAUAACUUGUACUGUAUUAUCGAGUGUGUACACCAUGUUGUCGACUUCUCUGUAUGCCCUGGCCGGCCUAGCCACUUGGGGUAGCGGCAUUGGCACUGUCGCCCAGUCCAUUAUUACGGACGACACGAUAUUCUAUGGACAAUCACCUCCAGUAUACCCGUCACCCAAUGGAACCGGACUUAGAGAUUGGGCAGACUCUUAUUCGAAAGCACGAGCCCUUGUGGCCCAGUUGACCCUAGAAGAAAAGGCCAACCUUACCGGCGGCGUUGAAGUUAACAGUUCUUGUUCUGGUAUUAUCCUCCCUAUAGAGAGAGUCAACUUUACCGGUCUCUGUCUUAGCGAUGCUGGUAAUGGAGUGCGCACUACCAACUUCGCAUCAAGUUGGGCUUCAGGCAUUUCGGUUGGUGCAAGCUGGAACCGCGAAUUGGCUCAUAAGAGAGCCGUUGGCAUGGCCGGCGAAUUCCGAGCAAAAGGGGUCCAUAUUGCUUUAGGGCCCGUCGUUGGCCCCUUAGGCCGUAUCGCAUCAAGCGGAAGGAAUUGGGAAGGCUUCGCAAAUGACCCUUAUCUGUGUGGCGCUCUAGCUGCCGACACUAUAAAAGGGAUACAGUCAGUGGGAGUCGCAACGAGCACAAAGCACUUCAUCGCCAAUGAGCAGGAGACUAAUAGAAACCCUGAGGGCAACGUUACCGCUGUUUCGUCGAACAUCGACGACAAGACUAUGCAUGAACUAUAUCUCUGGCCUUUCCAGGAUGCCGUGAAAGCUGGUACCGUAAAUGUAAUGUGUUCAUAUAACCGGAUCAACAAUAGUUACGGGUGCGCCAACAGUAAAACGCAAAACGGACUUUUGAAGACUGAGCUAGGAUUCCAGGGCUUCAUCGUCUCAGACUGGUGGGCUCAGCAUUCAGGUGUUGCUACAGCACUUGCAGGUCUAGACAUGACGAUGCCGUACGCCUCGCCAUAUUGGUCCAGCAAUCUAACACAAGCUGUGAAGAAUGGGUCUGUUCCGGAAUCUAGAAUAGACGACAUGGCAACCAGAAUUAUAGCUACAUGGUAUAAGUUGGGCCAGGACGAAGGUUUUCCGGCUAUGGGUCAAGGGAUGCCGUACGACCUCUCGAAGCCUCAUCAGCGAGUUAUCGCAAAGUCAGCUAGUAAUAAGGAUAUCCUACUACAGGGAGCCGUCGAAGGCCAUGUCUUAUUGAAAAAUACUAACAAUGCGCUACCCCUCAAGUCGCCCAAGUUAAUCUCCUUGUUCGGAUACUCUGCGAAAUCAUUCGACGUAUAUACACCUUGGGGUGGUGGCUGGAACGGAGGUUCACAGUCAUUAGCGCCAGCUGACUUAAUUCCAAAUGGCGACGAUGUACUUCAUACUCAGAUUGCUGCUAACGGUACGCUGAUCAGUGGCGGCGGAUCUGGCGCAAACAUGCCAGCCUACGUCAGUUCUCCCGCGGCGGCAUUGAGCCAACGUGCUUAUGAGGAUGAUACAAGCCUAUGGUGGGACUUCCACAGUGGGAACCCUCAAGUCGACCAGUCUUCGGAUGCUUGCAUUGUUGUUGGUAAUGCUUUUGCGUCAGAAGGAUUUGAUAGACCUGGGCUGCAUGACGAUUUCACAGAUGCUCUCAUCACCAAUGUCGCGUCUCAAUGCAACAACACCAUUGUGGUGUUCCACAACGCAGGUGUUCGCCUUGUCGACCAGUUCAUCGACCACCCUAAUGUAACAGCCCUCAUCUUCGCCCAUCUUCCUGGCCAAGACUCUGGUAGAGCUUUGACUUCCAUCCUCUACGGCGACGUCAAUCCUUCAGGCAAAUUGCCGUAUUCAGUCCCGCGCAACGAGUCAGACUACGGCCCAAUUCAAAACGCGACUGUUCCUGAUGGUAUAUAUGAACUAUUCCCACAGUCGGACUUCACAGAGGGCAUCUAUAUCGACUACAGAGCCUUUGAUGCCAAGAAUAUAAAUCCUCGCUACGAGUUUGGCUUUGGUCUAAGUUAUACCACCUUCAACUUCUCAGACCUCGAGGUUUCCACAGUCGAUGACGUCGAUACGUCAUUGUAUCCCUCAAAGCCGAUCGUUGAAGGUGGCCAUGAAGACCUCUGGGACAUCGUAGCGAAAGUCUCCGCGACAGUAGCUAACUCAGGUUCCGUGGUGGGUGCCGAGGUCGCGCAGCUCUACGUCGGCAUCCCCAACGGCCCCGUGAAGCAGCUACGCGGGUUCUCAAAGUCGGUACUAGAACCUGGAGAAUCAGCGGUUGUCGAUUUUGAGUUGACGAGAAGAGAUCUGAGCACGUGGGAUGUGGUCGCGCAGAAAUGGCUCUUACAGAAAGGUGACUAUGGAGUCUUUGUCGGAUCUAGUAGCCGAGUGUUACCUUUGACUGGGACCUUUUCGAUUUAACACUAUUACUUAAAUAAUCCCUAGGAGCAUCUAAGCACUUCAUAUGUCUGUAACUCUGUUUCGGAAAGGGCAUAUAGAUGAAGUUGAGUUAAAUCACCAUCUUUUUAAAUGUUAGUUAAGAGGUAUCUUUGGCAAAUGAGCAGCUAGCUCUUCUAACUACCAGGUAGGCAGUCAAAUCAAGAAUUAAUUUACUUUAUUUAUACGAUAUAACGCAAUAACCUCACACAUUAGAGACCCCCUAGCCUUCCGAUAUC